AUGCCAGAAGAGCUUCCGCUCACUGAGCGCUACCUGCGCUACAAGCGUGGGACCGAGAAGAUCACCUCCUGGCUCACCGCAACAGCCAUCAAAUGCGCUGACAUCUCGCAACUGGUAUCGGCAUUGAAGACCAAGAGUGCGCGAAUAUCUGCAGCUCAAGGAGGGACCGUUGAGGUGCUCCCAUCAGAGCUGAUUGGUCUGACGCUCGGUAUUGUCCAAAGCGUGCCGCCGACCACGGUUCCUCCGAACAUUCUCACCGCCUUGACGAAGACCAUUGAAGGACGUCAAGCUGUGGCGGAUAUCUACAAGAAGAGAACAACGGAUCAGAGCGGGGAGGCCGCUAAGAAAGACUCGGGACACCAGCACUUCAUCGGCAUUUUGAUCGAGGUUCAACGCCACCUGACAAAUGCUGCGCAGACUUUUCAAGAACAUCUGCAACCACCAUUCUCCUCGAUACCCAACGACAAUGAUACAGGCCAUGGGCACGAGAUGUCUCCGGCCCCAGAUAUCCAGAUUCAUGACAAGCGAACACAUGGAGACAGUACCUCAGAGACCUCAUCUCCUUCGAAGACCACGAGCCUAUCGAAGGCUGUCUUUGUCCUCAAGAAGCAAGACCACGAAGACGUUUUGGCCUGCUUAUGCUUUCUUGGGGAACUCAGAGAUGUCCGCGUCAACGUGAACAAUACUUGGAGGCGAUACAUGACCGGCGAGAUUACCUUCAUGCUUGCUUCCAUGGCGACGCACGCGGCUCUGUGUCUUCUUAAUUGCGCGGAGGAAGAAUUCACCGCGAUGAACCCUGAUUUGAACACAUGGCAUCGCGUAUGCAAACUUCUUCAAGUUGAAGCACACACGGAUGACCACGACCCGCUGGCGUAUCUGGUCAACUAUCGCAAGCACGGACCAUUGGAAGAAUUUCAGGACUUGGACAUUUCAGGAUUACUGGCGUACACUGGCACUGAGGCAAUCGGAUUGUUCUGCGCACAAUUCAACUGGUACUGGAAAAACGUGGACAAUCUUCGCAAGGGCGUGCAGCGUACUGGACACUGCAAGCAGAAACAUGUUCUCAGGCGGACACUUGCGCAGCACCCUUUCGUCAAAGUACUGGUCGGCAAUGUCUUCACAGGCUACACGGCUGAGAACACGUCUGGUCUCCGGAAGGAGUUCUUCUGGGGCUUACAUCAGUACUGCAAAUCUGGCCUACUUCCGACAUGGCUUGUUGUAGCCUGCCAAAUGUACAUCGAUGUGGCAGACAUUCUUGGGCCACGCCUGUUCGACGGGUCCGCCGUAUUCGACCAGGCACUUCGCGGGAUCGAGGCUCAGAAGGUUGUCAUGGCGGUGCAUCAACAGCAGUAUCCCGGAGGAUUCCCGGAUUUGGAAGCAAAAGCAAUGAAGUUCUUUGACUCAGGCAAGGUUGUGGCUACGAACGUACGCAAGAGUUUGAAGCUGGAUACCACGAUCGCGCGAAGUGGCGAUGUUUUCUCUCCACACUACCAAGAGCAAAAGGCCACGAUAGUGAGCAUGAGGAACCACGCACUCAUGAGUAACCAUGCCCAUCUCAUACCGAUUGAAGUUGGGUGCUGUGCUCUGGUCGCCAAACUUGGCACGUUCUGCAGGGCCCUCAACUUCCCUCAAUGCGAGUUGCACAUUCAAACACUCGCUUUUGUCUACCAAGCCGGUAAAUGCUUGGGGCUGCUUCCUGCAUGGCCUGACAUGGACUUCGUGAUCGCCACACAGUCCGAUUCGACGCCGCUGACUACUUCGUCCGCCGACAGGCCGGAGGCGCUCUUCGAGGCAUACAAGUCUGCGCUCGGUCUCCCUGGAAGGCGUACCGUGGAACGAUGUCUGGGACGACCCGAGAAACUACGCAUGCCUAAUUUGGAUCCGAUCAUGCCCAAAGUCAAAUUCUUGAUGCUCGUGGCAGACAUUGAACGUGCAAAAAGCAGUCCACUGCCUAACAACAAAAGGCUGCAGAUAUUCCUUCAUGAGCUGGCAUCUGAGAAGCAGGCCCAGAGUAGCUCAGACUCUGGAAAGCCCGGCGGAGCGUCGGCAGAAAAGCGAACGUUCAACGCCGAGGAGCUCUUGUCAACCUUCACAGAGCAGUUCCAAUCCGAGGAGCCGAUGCUAAACUUCGAUUACCUCCGACUGUGGACCGAAUGUGGCAAAUUGUGUAACACAAUCGCGGAAGACGUGAUUGAUCCGGUCAUACCGAUGGAAGAAACUCGAGUUGGCAGCGCACUGCUGGUCGGUUAUGACUUGCUGGGCGGCUUCGGACGAUUGAGGAAGAAUCCAGAGUUAGUGCCUCGGAGUCGCCUUGCUCAGGCGUGUAAAAUCAUGGAGCCUUACAUCACCGCGAAGGGAGGUCACUUCCGUCGGGCAGCGGAAGCUCAAUCAAGUGGCUACCUUGCAGAGAAAGACAAGCCCAUGCCAAAUAAGGUUGAACUACUGUCAGAGGAGCAAAAGGUCAUUGUGUCGCGUUUGACAAAGGCAGGAUCAAGUGUUUCGACAUCCGGUGGUAUGGCUGUCGUACAUCAUCCGAUGUUGGCGAAAGGGGAUCUUAUGAAAAGGUCUGAGACGCGGCCCAAGCAGAUCAUAAUGCCGCAGUACAUGUUUGAUGGGGACACGCAGCUGCCGAGGUGGAUUGGGUGA